AUGAAUUCAAAAUCCAUUCCUGCCAUUGAUUCUAAUCAUGCCUUUGCUGUAUGUAAUAAAAAUAACAAGCAAGAUCUUCAGCUACGGAAUAGACUAAGCGAUUACGACAAAGAAAUGUCCAAAAAAUUACGUGAUAUACUUUCUGAUCAAAAAUCUCUCAUUGCGCAAUUGAAUCGCAUUAAUGCUAAGAAUAAUGAUGAAGAUACAGAGAAACAACGUCAGUCUACUGAUAAUGAUGGAAAGUCUCUUUUAUCAUCACCAUCAACGGCACCAACUUUGGACAAUAAAGUUCAGCAGCAGCAACAGAAACAACAGCAACGAUUGCAAACCAUGAAGUCUUCUCCUGUUCAGCAACGAAGAAAGAAAGGAUUUCUUAUUAAACAAGAUUCAGAGAGUUCAAUAUUGGUAAAACAUCGCUUCUCUACCGAUGAAGAGUCGCCUACAAUGAUACGUCAAACUACAAUUAUUUCACAUCGACACCCAAAGCUUAAAGCAGAUGAGCAAUUACGAAAUCGAUCAUCGUCGUUCGAUACCUUUAGAGAAUACGAUAAAACAUCUCGAUUACCCCAUUUAGCUCGCAUUACUUCAUCGCUACAUCAUCAGUCAUCUUUGCGGUCUUCAUCAUCAACUUCUUCGUCGACAUCGUCUCUUCAUUCAAUCCAUGAGCAUCGGCCACGUUCAUUAUCGGACCAAAAUUCUCCGUUGGAGAAUCUAAAUAAUAAAACAAUUUCUUUAUCAUCGCCUUCUUCAUCAACAUCUUCAGCUCAUUUAACUAACGAACGUCGAGCAUAUUCUUUAAAUGAACAGCAUGCUUCAGCAGAAAUGGAGAACAAAUUACAGGAUAAGUCAAAAGAUGACAUUGAGAUUAAUUAUAAAGAUCAGGAUAAUGGCCUAUCCCAUAGACGAACAAUAUCAGCUAUAGUCGAUCAAACAUUCAAUAAUAUCAAUACACCAGCUAAAAAUUCUCCGUUAUUAAAUAGGAGAAAUGAAAACUUACUCAAAGCAGCUCAUCAUUGGAGACUUCGUUCAUUGCAACAAAGAAAUAAAGCAGUUUCUUUUAAAGGUUCUAAUGGAAAUGAUCCCAAAACUAAUCUAGUUUCCAGCUCUAAUGGUAUAAAAGGUGUCAUGGAGCAACCACCAAGAUAUUUACGAUGUAACUUAGAAAUCGAAGAAGUCGAUGUCUUUGAUGAUAUUUAA